AAGGCGGUUAUUAAAAUACACGUAACAUAGAUAAAAAGUAAUUAAAAUAACAGCAUCGAAAAUAUAGUAAGUAAAAGCUUCCUUGAUUCAGUUUGACCUUUAGAAGGUCAUAUUGUACAUAUAUCAGCAAUAUAGCAGCGUACAAUCAGUAUAGGCGCAGUGUUCGAUUACUUCAGGUGGAGGAAGCAGAGGCAGAAUUUUUUAAAGUGAAAUAUCUGUGAAAAUGACUUUAAAUAUUCAAACGGUGAUAACAACACCCUACGAGGGACAAAAACCAGGCACCAGUGGAUUACGCAAAAAAGUUAAAGUAUUUACUCAAACAAAUUAUACGGAAAACUUUGUACAAUGCAUCCUCGAUGCAAAUGGAGCUGCGUUAAACGGAUCAACUUUGGUUGUGGGUGGUGAUGGCAGGUUUUAUUGUAAAGAUGCAGCAGAGCUAAUUAUACGUAUGUGUGCAGCGAACGGCGUAAGCAAAUUAUUGGUUGGACAAAAUGGAAUUCUUUCAACUCCCGCUGUGUCCAGUUUAAUUAGGCACAAUAAGGCUUUGGGUGGUAUCGUUCUGACUGCUUCUCAUAACCCCGGUGGACCUGAUAAUGAUUUCGGCAUCAAAUUCAAUUGUGAAAAUGGUGGCCCAGCACCAGACGCAUUUACUAAUAACAUUUACCAACUUUCAACUGCCAUUAAAGAUUACAAAAUAAUUAAGGAACUCCAAAUAGACAUUAGCAACAUCGGCGUCAACAAUUACACGAUCGGUGGAAAAACGUUUGUUGUCGAAGUGAUUGAUUCUGUUGCAAAUUAUGUGCGACACAUGAAGGAAAUUUUUGACUUUGCCAAGUUGAGGGAAUAUGUUAGUGGCAAGUCAACCGGCAAGCCCCUAAAGAUGAGAAUUGAUUCUAUGAACGGCGUAACUGGAGCCUAUGUACGUGAAAUUUUUCUCAACAGCUUAGGUGCAGCAGAGAAUUGCGUAGUACACACAAUACCAUUACCCGACUUCGGUGGUUUGCACCCUGAUCCAAAUCUCACUUACGCUAAGGAUCUUGUAGAAACUGUAGCUAAUGGAGACUAUGAUAUCGGCGCUGCUUUUGAUGGUGACGGUGACAGAAAUAUGAUCAUUGGAAGUAAAGCAUUUUUUGUAACUCCUAGCGAUUCGCUUGCCGUCAUUGCGCAUUAUUUGAAUUGUAUUCCAUAUUUUCAAAAAAAUGGCAUUCAAGGUUUUGCAAGAAGCAUGCCUACAGCGUCUGCUGUGGAUCUCGUAGGAAAGAAGCUAGGCAAAGAAGUAUUUGAAGUGCCAACAGGUUGGAAAUACUUUGGUAAUUUAAUGGAUGCCGGCCGUUUGUGUUUAUGUGGCGAGGAGAGCUUUGGCACCGGUUCUAAUCACAUACGUGAAAAGGAUGGUAUAUGGGCAGUGUUGGCUUGGCUGUCAGUUAUGCAACAUACUGGCAAGAGCAUAGAAGAUAUACUAAAGAAUCAUUGGUCCAUUUAUGGACGCAAUUAUUUUACGCGUUAUGAUUAUGAAGAAUGCGAGUUGGAACCUUGCAAUGAAAUGAUGAGUACUAUGGAAAAAAAUAUUACUAUUGCGUCAUUUAUUGGUAAAGUUUACACCAGAGGAGACAAAUCAUACAAAGUGAAAGUUGCAGAUAACUUUAGCUAUACUGAUCCCGUGGAUAAGUCAAUUGCCAAUAAGCAAGGGUUGCGUAUAGUUUUCGAAGAUGGUAGUCGCAUAGUCAUGCGUUUGAGUGGCACCGGCAGUUCUGGAGCUACUGUUCGUUUGUAUAUUGAUUCCUAUGAAAGAGACAAUGUUCUCGGCAAAGCUAGCGAAAUGCUAAAACCGCUGAUUGAUAUAGCAUUGGAAAUAUCAGAAUUACCAAAGUUUACUGGACGUAAUGCACCCACUGUUAUCACUUAAAGUUGCUUAUAUUAAAUAUAUGUUUAUAAUACGUUAAUUUCUUAUAUCUGAUAAACCGGUUAAUACUUUUUGUUAUACCCCUCUUGUUCCAUUCGCUGUUACUGGUAAAGUCAAAUUUAUUUGUUAUUUCACAGUUUAUUGCAUUUGUUGCUUAUUACAAACAUUAAAUA